AACAGAGCACCACAAAUCGAGACCAAAGUUUACGUCAAACCUACCAACACGGGACUUUUGCUCCACAACCACAGCCAUGUUGAUAUGCGUUGUAAACGUGGGCUGUUGAAAACCAUGCUUGAUCGUGCAUAUCGCUUAUCGGCUUGCUGGUCGUAUUUUUCUGUUGAGUGUGACCGAUUGAGACGAAUCUUUUUCUGGCUUAAAUAUCCGCUAAGUCUUAUCAUUAGUACCAUCAGGGAUUCUGUUGCUUUAAAGGCGGAAGACCAGCCACCGAAACCUGCCCCCGCAGAGAGCCCUCCAGUUCGUAUAGUGAGUCCUGCCAUUUAA